AUGAAGAUGGAGGUGUCCCUGGUCAGCCUCUCUCUCCCCUUCCUGGUCCUGCUCACCACAGUCAGUGGGGGUAACGUGAGGCUGGUGGAUGGCACUGGUCCCUGUGCUGGGAGAGUGGAGGUUCUUCAUGAAGGAGAGUGGGGCACAGUGUGUGAUGAUGACUGGGACAUGGAGGAUGUUGCAGUGGUGUGUAGAGAGAUGCUAUGUGGAGAAGCAGCACAAGUACAAUAUGGAGGUCAUUUUGCAGCAGGAAUAGGGAAGAUAUGGAUGGAUGAUGUGUCUUGUAAGGGGUCAGAGUCGACGCUGAAAGACUGUACACACAAAGGAUGGGGAGAUAAUGACUGUGAUCAUGCUGAGGAUGCUGGAGUCGUCUGCUCAGAUCACCGUGAGGUCAGACUGGCACAAGGUCCACACCUGUGCUCUGGGAGAGUGGAGAUGCGGCAUGGACGAACCUGGGGCACAGUGUGUGAUGCUGACUUUGACCUGCAGGAUGCAGAGGAUGCUCAGGUGGUGUGCAGGCAGCUCCAGUGUGGGACGGCUCUCAGUGACCCAGUGCCCACCUUCUUUGGACCAGGAACUGGACCCAUCUGGCUGGAUGAGGUGGACUGUGAGGGGAAUGAGACGUCUCUGUGGGACUGUCCAGUACAAUGGGGACAGAAUGACUGUGUCCAUAAAGAGGAUGUGGGAGUAGUGUGUUCAGAUUUUAAUGAUAUCCGACUGGCAGGAGGCUGCUCUGGACAGCUGGAGGUUUUCUACAAUAACACUUGGGGAAAUGUUUGCUUCAGUAACAUGGAUACAAGCACAGCUAGUCUCAUAUGUCAGCAUCUCAGCUGUGGAAAGAGUGGCAUUGUUUCAACAACUAGGUCUCGGCUGGAAGGGGCCCCACACUGGAUUGACGAGCUCCAGUGUCGCCCCCAUGACUCCUCAGUGUGGCAGUGUCCGUCUGCUCCCUGGGGAGGGAAUGUGUGCCAUGAUGAGAAAGUGGCUGAAAUCACCUGUGAUGACAGUGAUGGUGUGAGGCUGGUGGAUGGUGACAGUCCCUGUGCUGGGAGAGUGGAGGUUCUUUAUCAUGGACAGUGGGGCACAGUGUGUGGUGAUGACUGGGAUGAGAUUGAUGCUACAGUGGUGUGUAGACAGCUGUUCUGUGGGGAGUCUGCAGUGGUACGACACUAUGGUGACUUCGGGCCUGGAAAAGGACACAUCUGGAUGGAUGAGGUGUCCUGCAUUGGAUCAGAGUCAACACUGAAGGAGUGUAGAUCAGAAGGCUGGGGCAAACAUAACUGUGGUCAUGAACAUGAUGCUGGAGUCAUCUGCACAGGUCACCGCGGAGUCAGGCUGGCACAAGGUCCACACCUGUGCUCCGGGAGAGUGGAGAUAGAGCAGAUUGAUACCUGGGGCACCGUGUGUGAUGCUGACUUUGACCUGCAGGACGCAGAGGUUGUGUGUCGACAGCUGGGCUGUGGGAUCCCAGUGGAGGUGCUGGGGGGGGCUGCAUUUGGGAAGGGGGACAGUGAGCAAAUGUGGAGAGAGGAGAUCCAAUGUAAAGGAAAUGAAACCAGCUGGCACAAGGUCCACACCUGUGCUCCGGGAGAGUGGAGAUACAGCAGAUUGAUACCUGGGGCACCGUGUGUGAUGCUGACUUUGACCUGCAGGACGCAGAGGUUGUGUGUCGGCAGCUAG